AUGGUUGUGAACCUUGUCAAGGGAACAAUCUUCCUCUCUCCAACUGUACUUGGCAUUCUGGGGAACGUCUUUGUGUUUGUGAAUUACAUGCUCAUCCUUGGAGGCAGUGAGAAGAAAUCUAUACACUUUAUUCUCCUCCACUUGGCUUUUACAAAUAUCAUCAUGCUUUUUGCAAAACGGAUUCCUAAGACAUUAGCAGCUUUUGGGCAGAAAAUCUUCCUUGAUGACACAGGCUGUAAGAUUGUUGUUUACCUGGAGCGAGUGGCCCGGGGCCUGUCCAUCUGCACCAGCGCUCUCCUCACGGUGGUCCAGGCCAUCACCAUCAGUCCCACAGACUCAGUGUGGAGGAGACUCAAGCUAAAGACUCCACAGCACACCCUUCUCAUAUUUGUCUUCUUUUGGAUUCUCAAUUCCUUAAUAAGCAUGAACUUACCAUUUUCUAUCAUAAACAUCAACAGUGUGAACAUAUCACAAAUUAGUAAAGGUGACAAGUAUUGUCAUUUUCUCCCAGAAAGCUGGACAACAAGAUGGACCUUUCUCACUCUCAUGGUCCUGCGUGAUGCUGUGUUUCAGUGCACCAUGGGUGGAGCCAGUGUCUACCUGGUAUUUGUUCUCCACAAGCACCACCAGCGGGUUCUCCACCUGCAGCAGGCCAAGCUCCUCUACAAAACUCCACCUGAGAUCCAAGCUGCUCAAAGUGUCCUCCUUCUGAUGCAGUUAUGCAAGUGA